AUGGCAAAUCUAUUGAACAAGUUUAAGGAGAAGCUAGAAGGCGACGACCACCACGAUCGCGACGAUCGCGACAACGAGGGCUUCGAGCAGGGCGAGGGCGUCACUGAGCAUCACAGAGGCAUCAGACAGGGAACCCGCCGCAAGCAGGAGGAAUCUGACCGCAGCGAACUCUACUCGGGCACCAGUCAAGGGUACGAAGGCGUGCCCUCGGAAGACACCGGUGCUUACAUGCACUCCGGCAACACGGGCCGCGACAGAGACUCGUCUCGUGCCGAGACCAACCUUGGAGGUGACCGUGACAUGAUGGAGGAGGCCGACGCCGACACUUUCACUUCAGGCCAGGGCCAGCAAGCCCGUAGAGGUAUGGCCAAGGACUGGAGCCAGCAGUCCGGCUCCUACAACGCCGAGCAAUCGGGAUCGUACAGCUCUGGUACCGGCAUGGGCUCUGGCAGGGGCUCUGGUAACGAAGAAAUGAUGGGUUCCGACAGAGGAGGCGGAAACUGGUGA